CUGGAAGAGGAAGAGCAAGAGGAUCAAUUUGAACUUUCCGUGGGAGUGAGUGAUCCCGAGAAAAUUGGAGACGGAAUGAAUGCCUACGUCGCUUACAAAGUGUCCACCCAGACCACUCUGCCAAUGUUCAGGAACCAGCAGUUCUCCGUGAAGAGACGAUUCAGUGACUUCCUGGGCCUGUACGAGAAGCUUCUGGAAAAACACGCCCAGCACGGGGUCAUUGUUCCCACUCCCCCUGAGAAGAGUUUAAUCGGGAUGACCAAAGUCAAAGUUGGAAAAGAAGACUCUUCCUCCACAGAAUUCUUAGAGAAACGAAGAGCUGCCUUAGAAAGAUACAUUCAAAGAACCAUAAGCCACCCCACCAUGCUGCAGGACCCAGAUGUCCGGGAAUUCUUGGAGAAGGAUGAGCUGCCGCGCGCUUUUGGCACGCAAACCUUGAGUGGAGCCGGGCUCCUGAAGAUGUUCAACAGGGCGACGGAUGCGGUCAGCAAAAUGACCAUCAAGAUGAACGAAUCGGACAUUUGGUUUGAAGAGAAGCUCCAGGAGGUGGAAUGCGAGGAGCAACGUCUGCGGAAGCUACACACAGUUCUCGAGAUGCUCGUCACUCACAGAAAAGAACUGUCGCUGAAUACCUCUCAGUUUGCCAAGAGCCUGGCCAUGCUGGGCAGCUCGGAGGACAACACGGCCUUGUCUCGGGCCCUUUCCCAGCUGGCCGAGGUGGAAGAGAAGAUCGAGCAGCUGCACCAGGAACAGGCCAACAGCGACUUCUUUCUCCUGGCGGAACUGCUGAGCGACUACAUCCGUCUCCUGGCCGCCGUGAGGGGUGCCUUUGACCAGAGAAUGAAGGCUUGGCAGCGUUGGCAAGAUGCCCAGGUCACGCUGCAGAAGAAACGGGAAACUGAGGCCAGGCUUCUAUGGGCCAACAAGCCCGACAAACUUCAGCAAGCCAAAGAGGAGAUCUCAGAG